UGGAAGUGGAAGGGAUACACGACCAGAUACCAACGCUGUGGGGAUGAGGGUCCGCCUGUGCUCCUAAUCCAUGGGUUUGGAGGCAACUGUGACCACUGGCGGAAGAACCUGCCCGUGCUGGGGCUGAAGUGCAGAGCUUUCUCCAUCGAUUUGCUGGGCUAUGGGUACAGCGAUAAGCCGGACCCUCGGCAUCUGGGUGUGAACAAGCUAUACUCGUUUGAGACAUGGGCGCAGCAAGCGCUGGAUUUUUUGGAAGCGAGCGUGGGAGAGCCAGCCUUCAUUAUCUGCAACUCUGUCGGGGGCAUAGCUGGGCUGCAGGCAGCAGUGCAGGCCCCGGACAAGGUGAGGGGUGUGCAGCUCCUGGAUGUGUCCCUGCGGAUGCUGCACACCAAAAAGCAGCAGCCGUGGCAGCGCCCACUCGUCAGCGCUUUCCAGCGGCUGCUCAGAGAAACCCAGCUUGGGCAAUGGUUCUUCGGCGCAGUGGCCAAACCACAGAAUGUGAAGAGCAUCUUGCAGGAAUGCUACGGAGACCCUGAGGCUGUCACCGACGAGCUUGUUGAUUAUAUUCUGAAGCCAGGCCUUCAGCCAGGUGCAGUGGAUGUAUUUUUAGACUUCAUAAGCUACUCUGGGGGUCCCCUGCCAGAGGAGCUGCUGCCUCAGCUCAGCUGCCCAGUCAGCAUUCUUUGGGGAGAGGCCGAUCCUUGGGAGCCCAUAGAGAAGGGGCGUGCCUAUGGCGACUUUGGCUGCGUGGAAGAAUUCAUUCCCUUGCCAGGAGUGGGCCACUGUCCAAUGGACGAGGCUCCAGAACUGGUCAAUCCCAAGAUCUUGGCUUUUGUGGAGAGGCAUUCGGCGCUGAAAUUGGUGGACGCUUGA